AUGCAGAAGAUGAGCUACUUCUUCCCCCUGCUUUGUGUCUGCCUGGACGUGUGCAUGAUGCACGCCCUCCGCCUGGCCCAGCCGUCCCCCCUCCUCCUCCCUCAUCCUUUCAUCACCUUGUGGGGGGGAGCGCUGACCAGGGCCUCCGUCCUCAUGUGUCUCGUCUUCACCUGCCCCGGAGGCCUCCCGUGGAUGAGAAGCUUCGAGGGGCUCCAGAGCUUGGGGGUCCUUUGUUUCCACUUCCCGGUGUACCUCAGCGUUCUGUGGGUGUUGGGGCGGUCCACAGUGGAGGAACUGUGGGGAUGCUACUGCUGGGAACGGAUGUUGCAGGGUUACGCUGUGACAGCUGUGGCCUGGCUCUACUGGAGUCGGACCAUCUCCAAUUUUUCAACAAGGAAAGCUCCAUCUGAGGAGAAGCCUGGACCGGACAGCAGCGCCACUAUGAAGAGGCUGAUGGGAUUCAUGAAGCCGUACCUGGGGCGCUUCAUCGUAGUCCUGGUUCUCGUGGUUCUCUCGUCUUGCGGUGAGAUGGCGGUUCCUCAUUACACCGGUCGUAUGGCCGACUGGAUCAUGAACGAAGAAGCGCCGGACGCGUUCACGCGAGCCAUCACAAUCAUGACGUUACUCACCAUAGCCAGCGCUGUGUUUGAGUUUGUGUGCGACCUCAUUUACAACAUCACCAUGAGCCUCAUACACACCUCGGUGCAGGGCGCCGUCUUCCAGGCGGUGCUCAGGCAGGACAUCGCCUUCUUUGAUGCCACUCCGACAGGUGAGCUGGUGUCCCGCAUCACCACGGACACCAACGACAUGAGCGAGGCGCUGAGUGAGAAGCUGAGCCUCGUCAUGUGGUACACGGCCCGGUUUGGCUUCCUCCUGACCUUCAUGGUGAGCCAGUCAUGGAAGAUGACCCUGCUCACUUGUAUGGGACUUCCCAUCAUCUGGGUCAUCCCCAAGCUCACCGGUCACUUCCACCAGACCAUUGCUGUGAAGGUGCAGGAGUCCCUGGCGAAAGCCAACCAGGUGGCCACGGAGACCUUCUCCUGCAUGAAGACAGUGAGGAGCUUCGCCAAUGAGGACGGAGAGACAGAGAAGUACAGGAAGCGGCUGGAGGACACCUACUCUCUGAAUAAAAAGGAGGCAGUGGCCUACGCAGCGUCCACCUGGGCCAACAGCAUGACCACUCUGGCCUUGAAGGUGUUCAUUUUGUACUACGGGGGCACUCUGGUGUCUCGGGGGGCCGUCAGCAGUGGAGACCUGGUUUCAUUCGUCCUCUACGAGCUGCAGUUUGCUUCUGCUGUUGAGGCUGUGAUGCGUUACUACCCAGAGGUGAAGAAGGCCAUCGGAGCCUCUGAGAAGAUUUUUGAGUAUCUCGACAGGGAACCCCAGACCCCCCCUUCAGGCACUUUGGCUCCUGAGAAUCUCAAAGGAUGCGUUCAGUUUAAAAAUAUUAAGUUCUCCUAUUCUGGAACGACUGAUGAAAACAAUCUGGUGCUUAAGGAUUUAUCUCUGGAGGUGAAGCCAGGCCAAAUCACUGCUCUUGUUGGGCUGAACAGAUCAGGGAAGACCACCUGCGUCAAACUGCUGGAGAGGUUCUACCAGCCGCAAGCAGGGGAGAUCCUCCUGGAUGGAGAACCACUGCUGAACUACAAAGAUGAGUACCUCCGCAAAACGAUUGCUGUGGUGAGCCAGGACUGUGUGCUGUUUGCUCGCUCUGUCCGUGAAAACAUCAAGUACGGCUGCGAGGAUGCUACGGACGAAGACAUGUACAAAGCUGCUGAGCAGGCCAGUGCGCACAAGUUCGUCACCGAUCUGUCGAACGGAUACGACACAGACGCUGGGGAAAAGGGAGGCCAAGUGUCUGGAGGUCAGAAGCAGCGCAUCGCCAUUGCCAGAGCUUUAAUCAGAAAACCUAAAAUCCUGAUCCUGGACAACGCCACCAGUGACUUGGACACAGAGAAUGAAUACCAGAUCCGCGAAGCUCUGACGAAGCUAGCAGAGAGCUGCUCCGUGCUGAUGAUAUCCAACAAGAUGAGCGUCGUGGAGAAGGCCGAUCACAUUAUCGUCCUAGACAACGGGGCGGUGAAGGAGGAGGGCAGUCAUGACAAACUGAUGAAGACAGGGGCUCUUUAUGCUGAUAUGGUAAAGAAGCAGGAAACGAGCUUUGAUCGUUCAAAAGAGGAGCGCAACGACGAGCAGGGACGUGUCUGAACGGCAGGAAAACGACAGGUUUUUAAAACUUUGGCUCCAAAAUCCAAGCAAG